ACAGCCGCGCAAACAUCGUGAUCAGUUUCAAGCGUUAAAAAUGGCGAUGACAAAUGUGUUGGGUCAUCCUUCGUUUCCUCAAAGCGGUAUGGAUAUGAAUUACUUCGCACCCCCUGACUUGAGCGACGUCGUCCCGGACUGGAUGAGCUCCGAGCACUCGACAGGGACAACUGUGGUUGCGGUGGAGUUCGAUGGCGGCGUCGUGAUCGGAGCGGAUUCUAGGACGAGCACAGGGGCUUACGUAGCCAACCGUGUCUCCGACAAGCUGACACGAGUGACUGAUCGCAUCUACUGCUGCCGCUCGGGUUCUGCUGCAGACACACAGGCCAUUGCAGACAUAGUGACCUACCACCUCAGUUUCUACGAAAUGGAAACUGGCCAGCCAGCCAAGGUGGAGACGGCCGCCAACAUUUUCCGGGAGCUUUGCUACAACUAUCGUGAUCAGCUGGUGGCUGGCAUAAUCUGUGCAGGAUGGGACCGUCAGAACGGUGGCCAGGUGUACAUGGUGCCACUGGGAGGCAUGCUGCUGCGUCAGCCUGUGGCAAUGGGUGGCUCGGGCAGUACCUAUCUGUAUGGCUACGUGGAUGCCAACUACAAGCCUGGCAUGAGCAAGGACGAGUGUCUCAACUUUGUCAAAAACGCAAUCGCCCUGGCCAUUGCUCGCGAUGGCAGCAGCGGAGGAGUUGUGCGGCUAGGAGUGAUCACUAAGGAUGGUGUGGAGCGCUCAGUCCUCACAGGAGACGAGAUUCCGCAGUUUUACCAGGGAUGAUCAGCCCCUUAUGCUUGCAAAUUUGCUGCUUUGUGGAGAUCAAUAAAGUUUUUGUGCUGGCCAGUCAUAAA